UGAUCAGAAGAAACUGACAUGGCGUUGCGUUUACUGCGUCCCUUAGUCUUAGUAAUUUUAAUGGCUUGUACUAACGAAUGCUUGCUUCUAAAUGACCCCUCCGCUAUGGAGCAGAGACUGUCUCAAAUGGAGGCUUUAGUUCAGGGCCUAACGGAGGAAGUAAAAGGACUUACUCAGGAUGUUAGCUCUCUGAAGCAGGAAAACACGUAUCUAAAGGCUCAGAUAUCGACAGUGCAGACGCCAGCAUAUUUCUCAGCAUAUAGGAAAAGUCAUUUGUCAUUUACCACAACAACUCAAACAGAUGUCGUGUACGACAGAGUCUGAAGUAACUUCCACAACUGUUACAAU